AUGUCCCAGCCUGGAUACGAAGACGUAACCGUUACGCAGCGGAUGACGUCGGCAUGCGUACACAGAUGGGUCAUCAAGGAUUUCAACACGCAUCUGUCAGGGUACAACGGGUGCAUGGUGAGUUCCACGUUUUGUCAACCAGACGAUCCGCGCACGUCCUGGAAGAUGAUGAUCUACCCGAACGGAACCUGCGAGGCAAGGGGCUGGGUAAGCCUGUACUUGAAGCUCGUCUCUUGCAGCACGCGAUCCGUCAGGGUAAAAGCGGAAUUUUCUGUGCUGCGAGACGACGGAGCCCGCGCUGCGCAGACGACCACCGAAGCAGAGUUACGGGCCCAGCAACCCACCUGUGGCUUCGUCAAGUUUAUGGAUAAGGAACAGUUGUUGAGUGCGGCCACGUCGUUGUUGCCUAGCAACGUGCUUACGGUGAUGUGUCGGGUGACCGUUCUCGGAGAGCUCCUUCACACGACGUACAGAAAUGACGUAGCUAAAACCAGUAAGUGCGGCAUCAGAGGUGAUCUCUCACGCCUGCUUUCGACCGGACAAUUUAGUGACUUCAUAAUCUCCGUAGAUAAUAGAGAAUAUCGCGUCCACAAGGCUAUUCUGGCGGCUCGAUCGCCGGUGUUCAUGGCUAUGCUCGAAAGUCCUUCGAAAGAAAGCCUGGAGAACAAGAUGACCAUAGAAGACCUGAGGCCAGAUGUGGUAGAACAGAUGCUGGCGUUCAUGUAUUCUGGUACGGCGCCAGAAAUUGACAGCAUGGCGGAAGAACUUCUGCGGGCAGCUGAUAAAUACCAGCUGCCAUUCCUGAAGACUAUCUGUGCGCAGCACAUGAAGUCCAAGCUCUCCGUCAAAACUGCGGCGGACUUGUUGCUCUUGGCCGACACGUACAGCGUCCCGGAGCUGAAGACGUCGGUAUUGAGCUUCAUCAGCGUCUACGGUGCAGAAGUCGUCGGCACAGAUGGUUGGAGGAGACUCGUGAAGAUUCGUCCAGACAUCAUUGCAGACGCAUCCAGCUCCCUGGUUGCAUCAAAAUGGGAGCGAUCUUCAUGA